CGCAGGGUGGUGUCAAAAGCAAGGAAAUUGAAACCGGAUGUGAGAACUGUGAGCACGCCCGGCGUAGCCCCCAACUCAGAACUGUACAACACGCCAAACUCGCAACCGCGCGUUGUCACUAGUGCGGGGUCACGUGACGUGAGAUUCAGCAGCAUCUUCGGAUGUCGAGGACCUUUUGAAAUGUUUGUCACCACCCUGCCCACGACGAUACCGGCAGUUGGAUACUGCGUCGAGACGCACAUUUUGGGAGGCACACCGCCGUUAUCACGCAGAAACGUUGAGGCGACAACGAAUGGCUGACAGGGAAAGCGACUCAGAAGGAGGGCCUGGGAGUGAUGGGGGAGAUCAGAACGGGAAUCAGUUGGGCAACAAUUCUUCGGCAGGCCUUCAACCUACGGGACAGACCGGUGUAGCAAUGGUCGCCCCUCAGUCAUCGAACCAGCAUGCGAACAACCCGCCGACGGCGCGGCACGGCAGGAGGGGGAUCGACUAUCCGAUGAGUACCGAGCGCCACGACGAUCCCGAGUGGGACGACGACCGAGUAGUUGAACCGUACCACCCCGUUGUUGAUGUCUCGAUGUGCAUACCUGGAAUUCAUGUGCCGUCAUCUUCGGAAUCACAUGAUUCGCCUGAAUGGGACGACGAAGAUAUACCAUUCAACUGGGACGCCCUGAAUCGCUUUGUCAAGACGGCAGUGGACGAAGAAGAAUCCGAGGCACGUCGCCGGAGCAGCGUUAUUCGCGAAGCCAUUACAGUAUGUAGCACGGCAGGGAUAGGGAGGAGGGAUGCAGUUGCGUUGUAGCGGUCGGCUUCGGAGGAGCAGCGGCUUGACCUCGACUCGCUGGUGGCAGAUUUGAGGGCUUGGGGAGUGAAUUGGCUUGAAGGCUUCCUUGCCUCUGAGCCAAAGCAACAGCAAUGUUGUGAAUCUUGUGGGCAGCCGGGUGCCAGGUUGAGGGGGAG